AUGUAACACCUCGAAGAUCAUGCUGUAUUAAAGUGGUCGGAACUUGGUGACUUAAAAUCUGUAAUUCGCCAACCCAUAUUUCCGUUUAAUUAAAUAAAGUUCUUAAGAAUACCUUGCAAAGAAUACCGUCUCAACACUCAAAUUUCGUAGGCACAGCGAUUUAGAAAGCAAUUGUUCAAUAUAUUCUGUCUAGUUUAACUUUUGCAGAUUUAUUUUUAUUUUUGACAUCAUUUUUUAUUGGUUAAAAUGUUCUAACACAAACAACUUUAUUUAGGUUCUGUUGCUAUAGGUUGGAUGAAAUAGAAUAUCUGAAACUGUUGAAUUCGGAAAUGAAAGUUUUAUUCGUGUUGUACAAUGUUCUUCUGUUGUCAACUCAAUACUCGGAUGCUGCUAUCGUUGUAUCAGUGGGAAAUAGGCCAUCAUGCUUAGACGGCGGUAUAAAAGCAACUUGCUUCAGAUGUCUUAACUGCAACUUAAUCAUCCCAAGAGAAGAAAUUUGUGACGGGAAAUUUGAUUGCCGCGAUCUAUCGGACGAACUGCUGUGUCCUGAAAAACGUAUUCGUUACGAUUCUAGACUUCAGAAUGCUCUGGCUCGAUUGCAGAUUGGAGUUGACCUUUUGAAAGAAGAUUCAGCCGUUGAACUUGUCCAUAGAAUGUGUAUCCCUGAGUGCCUUAUACAGCAAAAAGCGUGUGCGUACUGCCGACCCGGAGAAUUUAUGUGCUCGCCAACUAUUGCUGUCGGGCAGCCGUGUGGAUGUGUUGUCAAGACGAAAAUAUGCGACGGUGUUGUAGAUUGUGCGGGCGGGGAGGACGAAAACUAUUGUGGAACAGAAUUAAUGCAGCGGUAUCAGGUCACGCCAGCCAACAAAAAGCGAAACGCAACCAAUUCUCGAAUUACUAACCAGUACUUAACGACAUUAGCCCAAUCCAGGAUUCGCUGUGAGAUGAUCGAAUGUAUCAGCAAGUUCCCAAGACCAUGUAACACACCGCGGGAACAUGGAGUACAUACACAACCACACAGUCGGCAUCGUGAUUCUUGGCAGAGAAUUGCCCCGCAAACUAGAUCGGGGUUGAUAGAUAUUUUCCCCGGGGUUGCUGUGGCUGAUACCCCGCGUAUAAUGAACCUCAACGCCAGUGCUGUUUUCAGCUACCUGCGAGAAAAUAGGAACCCUGGUUCUCCACCAUCGCUAGAGCAAUACCGUCUACAUGGGAACGUGAGUUUACUAUAUGGACCGAACGAUACUAUACCCGAUGAUGUGAACGUGGUGCAGCUUGAAAAGGUUUGCGAUGGUACGCCAGAAUGCCCAGGCCUGGAAGACGAACUAUCCUGCCCCGGGAAGUUUUACUGCGAAAACAGAGAGCCGCUUUACAUCGACAAGCUGCGAAAAAUGGACGGAGUAGCUGACUGUACCGACAGUAGUGACGAAUGGGAACCGAUGACCGUUCACCAUUCGCUGUCGUCUCGCUAUAAUUUGAUUGAUAACUGGACGCUGCAGGUUCUAGUUUGGGUAAUGGCGAUUACAGCGUUGGUCGGGAACAUGGUGGUGGCUUGGAACACAGUCAUUGAGUUGGUGAAGAUAAACAGAGUAGCGACUGCUUCGGCGAUCAUGCAAAAACAUACCCAACACUCAGUGAAAGAAGCAAUUGGUGACGGAAUGGUGAGAACUUUAUCUGGAAUUACAGUCAAUGGGUUGGCAGGCAGCAGUAGGAGAUUCCGUGCAGGCGGUGGCAUGGGCGGGCAGAGAAGGCUGGUAAAAACAUGGAACUCGGUCCUUGUUCUUAACUUAGCCACCGCUGAUUUAAUAAUGGGAAUAUACCUCUUGUGGUUGGGGGUGAUGUCGUUUUUAUAUGAAGGAAAAACAAAUCAAAGUCCCUACUGGUCAAUUGAUCGUGAAUGGAGGACAGGGGCGACAUGCAACAUACUCGGAACUAUUUUGGUCGUAUCUUCACAGACUUCAGUAUUUACGCUUGUCUCUCUAACAUCACUACGCCUGUAUACUGUCCUCAAACCAUUUGCCAGUUACCAUCUAAAGUUCCGCUACCUUUUUACGGUGUGUCUCUUGACAUGGUCGUGCGCUAUGAUACUAGCCAUAGCUCCUAUCCUGCCUUCCACUGAAGAAGUAUUCAUUUCCCAAGCUUGGGUUCCUUUCCCGCAGUUCAAGCCUCCAGUUAUCAACCGCACGGAUGGAGAUACAUUGAUGAGAGGCAUCGCUUACAUUCUUAAUGAAAGUUUGGUCGUUGGGCAGCCGGACCCCCCAGCUGGACAAAUGACUUGGGCGAUGAUGGUCGAUUUUUUGAAGCGAGUUGCACCCAAUCACAGCGAGUGGCAGUUUUUCGGAUACUACAGCGAGGACAGUGUCUGCAUGCCAAAGCUUUAUGUUUCAAAAGAUGAUUUGUUCUGGGGUCACGCGGUGUCACUUCUUACAGUCAACUUCAUCUCGGUGAUCUACAUUGCUGUCGCCUAUUUAAUUAUUUACUACAAGUCGAAAAGUGAUCAUAAGAUCCCUCACAGUAAACCCCAGGCACCUGACGUUGAAAACGACUCAAAACCAACUGCCGGCCAUCCCGAAAUAAAAAGAAGACUUUCCAGCACUUCAGUGGCUCCGUGGGGUCGCAGAGCGUCCAUUAUAACAAGACGAGAGGAAACUCCCGACCGAACAGCCAAGUAUUCGUUAUCCGCACGACGAUCAAGCCACCAAGUAAAUCGAAAAGGCCGUCGUAUCUCGAAAAACAGCACGGCCGAAAUGCAACGUCGCAUCGCUCUUCUGGUAGCAACGGACUGUGCUUGCUGGAUCCCUAUUUGCGUAAUGGGCUUCAUCAGUGUUAGCGGACAUCGCAUCCCAGACACAGCAUACGCCAUUACAGCUAUCGGACUUAUGCCGAUUAAUUCAGCUCUCAACCCACUCUUGUACUCACGUAUCAUGAGGAGCCUUUGGUCAAAAGGUUGGUCUUCUUUACGAUCCCGCAUCUCCACUAAAUCUACUUCCAGUAGCCAGUGCGAGUCUACGUCAAGCAGCAAGGUCUACAAGCAAUCCGCAUCAAAGAAGAUUUCCACAUCUUCUUUUUUCAGCUCCGCAAUCGUCGAGGAGGGAGACAACAGCUCCGACAUUGCUGUCUCAAGUGACGUCAUUUCUGAUGACGUCAUCACCAACUCAGCGGUCGUGGGUUCUGUCCCCAGCAGAGAGCAUACCGACUUGAAAGAAGAUCCGAUAGAGGAGGAAUCGGAUGUUGAUUAUGGCAUUGAUUCAGAUUAUGAUGAAGACGAGGAGGAAGAAGAUCCUCAUCUUAACUACCCGUGUGUGGAGGAGCGCCACACUGAACUACCGAUGUCUCUAGAACAGAAUGUUGUAAAAUGAAUAAUAAACUAAACCGUAAUAAUCACCAAACAUUAUACAAGGGUAAAGUGUUUUUGUACAGCAUUAUUUCUGAACAGGCUUGCUGUAUGUCAAAGAUGGAUACAAAUAUUACCUAUCUAAUACACGUUCAGUAUUUUAUACUUAUCUAUCAUCUAUACCCUGUUCUAUAUAAAAAAAAGUCAUUUGCACAUAUUAAAACAUGAAAAUCGUG